CUCUCUCUCUCUAUUUAGCCCGGAACUACCGGUCACUGCCGCUUACACCAUAGGGAGAGAAAGCAAGAGAGGGGGGGUUCUGUCAACAGGAUGCGUAGGAGAUGCCCGUCAUUGAAAGCACUAGACCUGCGACGCGCUGGACUACACGCAUCAUACCCUUGAUUCUCAUCGCCUCUGUGAGCUAUGCUACUUACGCUCUCGUCGGGCGAGCGUGCUCGAGGUUUCUCAUCAAUCAGCGAGGCGAAGUUGGCACGGCCAUAGCCAUCCUAGUUCUAUACUUCCUGUUUCUCCUGUUGAUGGUAUCGACCUAUCUUAGAGCCGUCACGACCGUCCUACUCGAUCCCGGUAUUUCUCCUCUCGGACCACAAGCAAUACAACGGAGGGAAAGGGCAAAAGAAAGGCGAAAGCAAGGGAAUAGGGGUAGCGAUAUCGAGAGUCAACGUUACUAUGGCAGUCCCGACCCCGAUCCAGACAGUCCUGGUUUAGAGCAAUUCUAUACCAAGGAUGUCUUCGUUUGUGAGAACGACGGUCGGCCGAAAUGGUGUUCCGAAUGUUCGAAUUGGAAAGCGGACCGCGCCCAUCACAGUAGCGAGAUCGAUCGCUGUGUGUAUCGCAUGGACCACUACUGUCCGUGGGUUGGCGGCAUGAUAGGGGAGAACUCUUUCAAGUUCUUCGUGCAGUUUACCACGUAUACUGCUUGCUAUUGCGCUCUUGUUCUGGGCGCCGUAGCUUCGAGUCUUCGCAAACAAGUUAAUGAGGGAUCAUCCAUUGACCCCCACUUUAUACCUGCCAUUGUCUUGGCUGCAUUUUUCGGGCUCUUCACCUUUCUAAUGACUGUAACGUCAAUGCGAUACAUAUCCCUCAACAUGACUAAUGUCGAUAUGCUGGGAUCUCGGUCCAAGGUCUAUCAAUUAGCCGUUCGCGUACCUCGCGGUACCCAAUCCACGGAUAAGUUCAAUGUGGUCACUUAUCCUCUCUCCAAGCCAAAUCCACUCCCAAAUGGAUGGUAUAAUGGAAUGACGAGGACUAUAUCGAUUAGGAGUAAUGGCUCGGAACCACAACCGAACCCUCUUCCAUUUGCUCGAGACGACUUGGCUACUCGUACUUUUGCUAUCCUUAAGACGGCGCCUGGGGAGAAUCCAUGGGAUCUCGGGAUGUGGCGAAACUGGAAAACUGUGAUGGGAACUAACGUUUUCGAUUGGAUCCUUCCGAUUCGAAGGUCACCUUGUGUGAACCACGAGAGUUACGAUGGUUUCUAUCCCAUGGGUUAUGUGCUAGAUAAUAUCCUAGCUCGUUACAACCUUACUGAUAUCGCGAUGAAAGACAGCUCAGGAGUUGAGAUGAAGGAGCUUGGGAGAGAAAAUAGGUCUUAGACUCACGUGCGCAAUACAAUUGAUACCCCUUUGCCCCCUUUUAGACAUUAGAGUUCCGGGGGAAGCUCUUGCGAUGGAUUUCGGGAUCCUGAGUUAUGGUAUUUUGUUAUUCAUAGUUUUAAUAGUGAUAGCAUGCGUUAUGAAUUCUUCCUGUAAUCGAUAAUACAUGGUCCGAAUAAGGAGACGGAUACAUAAUGAAUAAGCCUAAUGUAAUCGGUGUGCCAACUACUAAAUAGAUACGAGCACGGACCCUACAAACAAGUAUGGAUGACGAGGUGGCACUGCAAUAUAUUCCCGAUUAGAUAACUCAUGAAGGCAUUGAGGACGCGGAGCUACCCCUUUUCGGCUUCGCGGCGGUGAGCUAAAUGAGGUGUCAAAUCUGGGGUUCAGAUUUGAUCAUUUUUUCCCU